UUGGAAUCUAUCAAAUCUUUCACUCACUCAUUCACUCUCAUUUCUCGAUCAUCUCUCUUGUUCUGCAACACUAACAAUGGCUCUCAGACCCAUCGACAACGCUCUCCCAACAACAACACCAGAGAGACCCAAAAAGCAACCCAAGAUCGCUGUUGCAACCCAAAAGCAGCAAGAUCGUGCUGCUGUCGUCAAUGGCGAAAACCAAGUUCCCUUGCCCUCAUCAGGGGAUACCACUGUUGACUAUGUCUCCUCGGACAACCUUAAACCCUUGUCCGAUCCCGAAGUUCAGAUUCAGAGUUUGAUUGAAGAUUUGAAUUCGAAAAAUUGGACCAAAGUUUGUGAGUCUCUGAACAAUGCUAGGCGAUUUGCGGUGUUCCACUCACCCCUUCUAUUCCCUAUUUUGGGAAAUAUUGUGUUGGUGGUGACGAAGACAAUGAAGAACCCUCGUAGUGCCCUUUGCAAAACCGCAAUUAUGGCAGCUGCUGAUAUUUUCAACGCCUUUGGUGACAAUUUUCCACAGGCGAAUAAGUUUGGAGAUUUCGAAAGAGGUGAGGUUAGGGUUAGAAUUGAGAAGGCAGAGAGAGAUUGGGAAAAAAAGGAAGGUGGAAUUGAAAGGGUGGAAGAAGGAGGAAGAGAAGGAGGAGAAGGAGAAGGUGGUGAUGAGAAGGAACGCCAUGGGCAUAUGGGAGGAAGAGAGUUGGGACAGAGGUUGAAGAUUGCCAUGUAG